CAUCCAAAAAACCAUUCCCAAUAUUAAUUCUCCUUAAGAUUUAUAACAAACUCAAUAUGCCAACAACCACAUCAUCCACUUAUUCAAGUAACAAGCACUUUGUGCUAGUUCACGGGCUAGGCCACGGAGCCUGGUGUUGGUAUAAAGUUGUGAGCCACCUAAGGUCCGCUGGUCAUCAAGUGACUGCUGUGGACCUUGGUGCUUCUGGGGUGCACCCAAGUCGACUUGAGGACAUACCAAGCUUCUAUGAAUAUAUACAGCCGCUUGUUCAAAUUCUUGAGUCGAUAUCUGUUGACCAACGAGUCGUGUUAGUAGGACAUAGUUAUGGCGGGCUUCCUAUUUCGUUAGCCAUGGAGAAGUUUUCAAACAUUGUUUCGGCUGCAGUUUUCAUCAGUGCGUACAUGCCAAAUUGUAAAGAUCCGCCCUCCGUCCAGAUGCAACAAUAUUUCAUGAAUUCGAAGCCUGAAACAUUUAUGGAUUGCCGGUUUACAUUGGAUAAUGGAAUGCCAAAGACAGCGGAACUAGGGGAGGGUUACAUGACCACCAUGAUGUACCCGAAUUGCCUACCGGAGGACUUAACCUUGGCAAAGAUGUUGGUACGACCAAGUGGGUUAUUCUUUGAGGAUAUGAGCAAGGAUUCUCUUUUAACCAAAGACAAAUAUGGUUCGAUUAGCAGGAUUUAUGUGGUAUGCCAAGGAGAUCAAGUUAUGAAUGAAGAAUUUCAAAAAUUUGUCGUAAAAGACAGUCCCCCAAAUGAAGUAAAACACUUUCCAGGAGCCGGUCAUAUGAUCAUGUUGUCGAAAUCGGAGGAUCUAUCUUUAUAUUUGCAAGAAAUAGCCUCAAAGUACCCGUGAUUGAUUAUAUUACAAUUAAUCAGCCGAGUAAUACUGCUGGAUAUAUUUAUGAAUAUAUAGAUGUGCUUUCCUUCAGAAUAUUAUAAGCUUGCUAUAUAUAAUUGAUAACUCAUGUUAUGAUUUUCAUUUUUGUUGAAAGUGUUUGGUUGAUAGUUUUGGACUACAACAUGAAUAUCAAGCCCAUUUAAAUAAUUAUA